AUGCCAGCCUCCCGUGAAGAUUCCGUUUACCUUGCUAAAUUAGCCGAACAAGCAGAACGUUAUGAAGAAAUGGUUGAAAACAUGAAAGCCGUUGCUUCCUCUGGCCAAGAAUUGUCUGUUGAAGAACGUAAUUUAUUAUCUGUUGCUUACAAGAAUGUCAUUGGUGCUCGUCGUGCUUCUUGGAGAAUUGUUUCAUCAAUUGAACAAAAAGAAGAAGCCAAAGGAAAUGAGAGCCAAGUUGCUUUGAUCAGAGAUUACCGUGCCAAGAUUGAAGCUGAAUUGUCUAAAAUUUGUGAAGAUAUUCUCUCUGUGUUGAGCGACCAUUUAAUUACAUCUGCCCAAACUGGUGAAUCAAAAGUAUUUUACUACAAGAUGAAAGGUGAUUACCACAGAUACUUGGCUGAAUUUGCUAUCGCUGAAAAACGUAAGGAAGCUGCUGAUUUAUCAUUAGAGGCUUAUAAAGCUGCUUCUGACGUUGCUGUGACCGAGUUGCCACCAACCCAUCCAAUCAGAUUAGGUUUAGCAUUGAACUUCUCUGUUUUCUACUAUGAAAUUUUGAACUCCCCAGAUAGAGCUUGUCAUUUAGCUAAACAAGCUUUCGAUGAUGCUGUUGCUGAUUUAGAAACCUUAUCUGAAGAUUCAUACAAGGAUUCAACUUUGAUUAUGCAAUUAUUGAGAGAUAACUUGACUUUAUGGACCGAUUUAUCUGAAGCCCCAGCUGCCACUGAAGAACAACAACAAUCCAGUCAAGCUCCAGCUGCUCAACCAACAGAAGGUAAGGCUGAUCAAGAAUAG